GUUUGUCUGCAGUCCGCCAUAAAACUAGAAGAAGAAGUCUUUUGGAGCUGUUUGAGGAGAGGGACCAGAACCGGGACCAGGAACGGGAUUAGAACCAGGAGCAGGAUCGGGAGCAGGAUCAGGAUCAAGAGCAGGAGCAGGGGCAGGACCAGGACUAGGGGCAGGACCAGGAGCCGGGGUAACGCUGUCUGACUCUCACCCCUGUUGGUAGAGCUGCUGCUAACAGCUAGCUGCUGUCGGGAGGAUCAGCUGUUUCUCCUUCAGACUCAGACAGGAUUCCUGCAUACCCUGAAGAUGACGAGUGGAGGACUGAACAGCAUCGAGGCCGUGAAGAAGAAGAUCAAAGUCCUGCAGGAGCAGGCGGAGGAGGCGGAUGAUCGAGCAGCUAAACUACAGAGAGAGGGGGAGCGAGAGAGGAGGACCAGGGAGGAGCUUCAGGAGGAGGUCUCCUCCCUCAACAGGAGGCUUGUUCUGGGUGAGGAGGACCUGGAGAGGGUUCAGGAAAGGCUGGAGACAACUCUGAGGAGACUGGAGGAGGUGGAGAAGACAGCUGACGAGAGUGAGAGAGGUAUGAAGGUGAUAGAGAACCGGGCUCUGAAGGAUGAGGAGAAGAUGGAGUUUCUGGAGGUUCAGCUGAGAGAAGCCAAACAGAUUGCUGAGGAGGCCGAUCGCAAGUACGAGGAGGUGUUCCGUAAACUGGGGAUGGUGGAAGGCGAUCUGGAGCGAGCCGAGUACCGAGCUGAACAGGGAGAGAGUAAGAGUCGGCUGCUGGAGGAAGAGCUGAAGACGGUCUGCAGCUCCUCCAAGUCUCUGGAGGCCCAGGCUGAGAAGUAUUCUCACAAGGAGGACCGGUACGAGGAGGAGAUCAGGAACCUAAGCAACAAACUCAAGGAGGCAGAGAGCCGAGCGGAGGCUGCCGAGCGAACGGUUUCCAGACUGGAACGAACUAUCGACAGCCUGGAGGGCUCUUUGUCUGCAGCCCGAAACGCCAACAUGGAGCUGCAGGCGACUCUGGACCAGACCAUGGAGGAGCUGAACUCCUGCUGAACCCCCUCCAGCCUUGCUGCCUGUCAGGUGGACUCUGUGGCCAAACCCCGCCCCCUAAUGAUUCCUGCUUCCUCACAUUCCUGAAGUCAAUUUGGAGUUUUGCUUUGACCCCUCCCGCCCUCGUUAGGAUGUAAUUCAUUAAUUGUUGUGCUCCCAGUUUUUUUUGCCACGUUCAUUAAUAAAGAAUGCUUGUUGAUUUAGCCGACUUCCUGUCAGCCGAUGGUUUAUUAUUUUGUGUCAGGUAGCCAAUCACUGCCAUGAUCGGUAGCCCGGGCCAAUCAAAGACCUGAUGAAGUAAUGUCACAGCUCCCUGUAAGAACUCAUGACAGGGUUUUCUAAAAUAAAAGCUGGUCUGCACAUCA